AUGACUUCGCAAUCAUUUCAAUCCCUCGAGAGAAAAAAAAAUUACCAAGGCGACCUCACAAGUUUUGAUCAAGAAGUCGAGCCUGCCCCCUGCCAAGAAGGAGCAGACAGGACUGAAGGCGGCCAUCAAAGACGAGGGGGCGGUCGGAGCCCACCUCAAGGAGCCCACAGGCAACGGGGUCCCGCCUCUCAAGCACAUCAGGUCAGCUUCGCACACAAUGAUAAACACCACAAGAAAGAGGAAAAGCAUGACGAAAGCCCCGAUUUCGAAGACACGCCGCUUGUAGCAGCAGCCAGUUCACAGUCCUCACGCAUCAAUGUGAAGAAAGGACCAAAUGGUCAAGAAUACGAGUAUGAAUACGUUUAUUAUUAUUACGAUGAUGAAGAUGAAGAAGGGAAAGGUGGAGCGAAAACAGAUAAACCCGGUGUAGGCAAAACUGAAAGACCCGACUUACAAGACGAAGAACCUUCGCCGACACCUCGACAGGAGCUUAAGAGUCAUCUCAAACAGGAUGUUAGAGAUCAGGAUAAAGAAGAAGACAUCAGACAAAUAUCGAGACAAGAACUCAGAGACGAACCGAAGAAUGGUCGUCAAGAAGAUCUGACACAUGACGGAAGACAGGGAUCCUUUAGGAAGGAGGCGAAACAAGAUUUGCGUGACGAAAAAAGAACAGACAAUCUCAGACAGGAUACCAGAGACAGCUUUAGACAAGACUACAAAGAAGACAAUAGGCAAGAUCUGAAGUAUGAAGGUAGGCAGUCAUCGAGAUCGGAAGGAAGGGUUCGUGACCGUCAAGCAUUGGACGAAACAAGAGGAGGAUUCGAACAGAGGGUCGAAGAACCAGUGAGGCACAGGGGUGGGGACACCUACGAGGAGAGGAGGCAGGAAGGAAGAGGCCGCACCAGAGGCCAGCAGCAGGAAGCCAAGCCAGAGGAAGAAAGAAGGCGAAGGCCAGUCCAGCCGGCAGAGGACAACGCGGCUCCGGCCCGAUCAAGGUACCCAUUCCCAUUACCAUAUAUCUUGUAUUUUAUAAUAAUAAUCAUAAAGGAUAUUGCUCUCUUGCUACGGUUACCAGCUGGAGCAAGGACCCCUGGAGGGCAAUCACCCAGGUUGUGCAGAAGAGGCCGGGUCCUUGUAGGUGGAUUUACAGCCGUUGUUGUCGGUUGGUACAACUGCCUCGAGAUAAGGCUGAGUAAUGGACACUUGUACGCUCUUCACUUCGCCAGCACCUACGCCAUAACUGAUCUCGGUGGGGAGCAUGGAUUCUCAUUAAAUGGAGAAAAUAAAACUACUACGCUUUAUUCCUUACCAUUCAGAGCUCAGUCGUACACAACUAUCGAGAGGGGGCGUGGUAAGAGCUCCGACAUCGCCGUAACAACUAUCGAACCAUCCUCCAACGAAGUUCUGCCAACCAGAUCACCUUCCAGAGGAAGGCAACCAGCAGCAGUGACAGAGGAGGAGGAGAGGCUGCCCCCCAACACCAGGUUCCCAGGCAGGUCCCGAGGCAGCGCCACCACCACUGAACCUCCACCCUCCAGGUCCAGGGGAUCUGGCUCAGCUGGAGGAAAGCAGGGCAGAGCUGAUGCAGGAGACUGUGGUGUUACGCCUAGGCAGGCUGUGGAAAAAGUUGCGGUUGAGGAAACCAGAGGCGGUGGCUCGGUAAGGAGACCCAGUUUGGUGGACAGCAGCAGCUUCAGGACCCACUCCAGCGACGCCGCCCCCGAAGAGGACCAGGGCGGAUACCUCUCUUCUGCAGUGGGAGAUACGAGGGAGUCCGACUUAGAAGAAUACAUCAGGCCUACCACCUUCCAGCCACAAUCCGUACCCCAGACCACUCUGCCACCUCCACAGCCUUCUGUCGCUCCUUCUGCCUUACCGGAAGAGAACGACCAAGAAAUGCCUGCCAAAGCUGCUUUAGAUUUGUAUGCUAUACUUCAGCAAACUCAAGAAGAGAACUCCGUAGUGGAUUCUGACUAUGGUACUACUAAUAUACCUACAACUGAUCCUCCAACCACCACUCCAGAACCUACUACCACACCAACGACGACUACAACAACAACCACCACAACCACACCACCUCCUCCACCAGAACCAACUAAGAGGGGAAGUACUUCAGAUAGCACACAAAAUGUAAAGCAAAAUUUGAAGAAUAUUGAUUCAACCCACUUUAUCCAUCACAGGUUCCGCAGCGGAGGCUCCAGGACCAGGGUACGAUCACAAGGGGGCUCAACAACUACAACCACUGAGGCAACACCAGAGGAUGAAGCAUCUCAGAGACCUAAGUUCAAGCCAUCACACAGCAGAAGUCCUGGACAGGUAUCAGCUUAUGGCCGAAGAAGAGCUUCAGCUGCUGCCGCUGCUACUUCAACAACUACUGAGGCAACCCAACAAAGUACAAGGGCCAGGAAUAAUUUCCAAGCAGGGUCUGGUGGCAAUAGGACUAGAGGUAGAGUUUCCACUACACCAGCUCCUGUUGAAGAAGAAGAGCCUUCAGAAGAAGCAGAACCCACAUCCACUACUGCAAAGCCUAGGGUACGAAUUGGAGGUGCUGCUGGAGCUAGACCUUUGAGGCCGGGACCAAGACUUAACCUUAGGCCACUGAGACCCGGUGCCAGUACCACAGCUGCACCAGCCCCAGCCUCUUCUGAAGCGCCUGUUGAACAAGAGGUAGCAACAACACCAGAGGCUCCUGCACAUUCAGAAGGGGAUGCUCUCACAAAGCUGAGGUCCAGACCUAGGCUCAAAGUCCAACCAGUUGUCCCUCAGACAAGACCAUUCAACAACCAAAGGAGACCUCUCAUUGGUCUGAAUAAUAGAAGACGGACAACUGAAUCGGAGGCUUCUGCUGAAACUACAACACAGCCAACCCCUGUAGAGACUGAAACUCCUCCACCAAGCAGCACCGAGCCACAACCUCACACUACAGAAAAUAAAUUGGCUUCGCUAAUAGGAAGGAGGAGGCCGAUUAAUAGAAGACUUCCAAUCCAACAAGCUGGUGAUCAUUAAAGCCUUGAUAAUGUAAUGACUUCGAGUCUAUUUGUUAGGGGAUUCCUAUUUAUUAUAAUAAAUGGUUAACUUCCCAAAAAUUUAUUUGUAGUCAAAAAAUGUACUACAAUUCUUAGAUCUUUAUGGAUUAAUACAAAACAUGUAAAUUUUUUAAUUGAUUACUUUAAAUUAUUGAAUCAUUCUAUUCUUUCAAAUUGUACACUGUAAUGAAUCAUGAAAUGUUAUUCCUGGACAUGGUCAGGAUAAGACUAUUAAGCUAAUGUCAAUUUUAAAUACCAUUAUGAUAUUAUUUCUGUAUAUUUUGUAUCCUGAUCAUACCUAUAUUUGAUGUUAUAGGUAUCAUAAACCAAAAUCCAAACAAAUUAUUUUUCUAUCUUCAAAUAAAAACAUGAAGUUUUGUAAUUAUAAUUAACUGCUAGUUAGAAAUUCAGUGGCUGUUUAAGUUUACAGAGGUGUAUCCUUUAUUAUAAAAUAAAAAAUAAACAAUGGAUUAUAUUUUUGGUUUUAAAUAAAUAAAUUUGUUUUGUUUAACACAUAAUUAAAAGGUAGUUUGAAGGCAGAAUUCUUUUAUUUAAGGAUGUGACAUUAUUAAUUUAACAAUAAUUUGUGAACUGUACAGAUUGUGUUUGUUAGUUGAAUUACCUAGGAGCUAUGAAACGAUAAACUAGUGGUAGUCAAAUUUCACACUGCCAGCUACAAAUAGUAAAUAUAUAUAAAUGUAUGUAUAAGUAUGUGAGAAAGAAAUUUUACUAAUUACGUAUAAGUAGUAAUUAAAAACUCUGUAACAAAUUGAUAAUAUUUUCUCAGUGCUUGAGCACUAUUUAAUCAAAAACAUUAAUUUUGUUAUUCAUAAUGGAAGUUGUGCUCUGCAUAUUUAUUAUUAUGCUAUAUGUUGAUUUUUUAUAAGUUACUUUUGGUUUUUUUCCAAACUGUGCCAAGAGAAAUAUUUUAUAAAUAAUUUUGUGUAAAUAAAAUGUAUUUGUCAAA